GUACUAAACACUUUACGGGUUAAGCCACUCGGCGGCAGCUGAAAAAUCCCAGCUUGGUGGCACUGGGCAGGGAUUGAACUCGCGUCCUCCUGAACGCGGGGCCAUCUCGCUAAAUGAGAUAACCUGCUCCCCUUGAAUGUCGGUAAAUGUGAUAAAUGAGAUAACCUGCACCCCUUCUAUGUCGGUAUAUGUGAUAAAUGAGAUAACCUACACCCCUUGUAUGUCGGUAAAUGUGAUAAUUGAGAUAACUUGCACCCCUUCUAUGUUGGUAUAUGUGAUAAAUGAGAUAGCCUACACCCCUUGUAUGUUGGUAAAUAUGAUAAAUGAGAUAACCUACACCCCUUGUAUGUCGAUAAAUGUGAUAAAUGAGAUAACCUACACCCUUUGCAUCUCGGUAAAUGUGAUAAAUGAGAUAAACUGCACCUCUUGUAUGUCAGUAUAUGUGAUAAAUGAGAUAACCUACACCCCUUGUAUGUCGGUAUAUGUGAUAAAUGAGAUAACCUACACCCCUUGUAUGUCGGUAAAUGUGAUAAAUGAGAUAACCUACAUCCCUUGUAUGUCGGUAUAUGUGAUAAAUGAGAUAACCUACACCCCUUGUAUGUCAGUAAAUGUGAUAAAUGAGGUACCCUACACCCCUUGUAUGUCGGUAAAUGUGAUAAAUGAGGUACCCUACACCCCUUGUAUGUCGGUAAAUGUGAUAAAUGAGGUACCCUACACCCCUUGUAUGUCAGUAAAUGUGAUAAAUGAGGUACCCUACACCCCUUGUAUGUCAGUAAAUGUGAUAAAUGAGGUACCCUACACCCCUUGUAUGUCAGUAAAUGUGAUAAAUGAGGUACCCUACACCCCUUGUAUGUCGGUAAAUGUGAUAAAUGAGGUACCCUACACCCCUUGUAUGUCAGUAAAUGUGAUAAAUGAGGUACCCUACACCCCUUGUAUGUCAGUAAAUGUGAUAAAUGAGGUACCCUACACCCCUUGUAUGUUGGUAAAUGUGAUAAAUGAGGUACCCUACACCCCUUGUAUGUUGGUAAAUGUGAUAAAUGAGGUACCCUACACCCCUUGUAUGUUGGUAAAUGUGAUAAAUGAGGUACCCUACACCCCUUGUAUGUCGGUAAAUGUGAUAAAUGAGGUACCCUACACCCCUUGUAUGUCGGUAAAUGUGAUAAAUGAGGUAACUUUUUUUUGUUUACAUCUCAGCCUAUAGCACCGGUAGGCUUUCUUCAGGGGCCUGGUGGUCGGCCCAAGCCCGUCAUGGCGCAGGCAAUUUUUAUAGUGGCGCUAGUUAUGCUUGGCUUGUGCUGCCCCCUGGAACUCAUUUUUGAUUCGUUUGUACGGUUUCUUUUAGAAUCCGGGAUGAUAGGUGGUCUUCUGAACAGCCUGUGGGUAGUCUUAAGCCACUCGGCGGUGCCUAAAAAAUCCCAGGUGGUAGUUUUGGGAUUUCGAAUCGACAUUGUCCAUGACGUGAUGAAUGCUGGCCCCGCACGCUAAUCACUCAGCCACUGCCUACUCAUGUAUGUCAGUAAAUGUGAAAAAUGAGAUAACCUAACCCCCCCCCCCCCCCCUUUUUUUUUACAACAAAGGAGGCAGUUCAAGGGCACAAAAAAAAAAUAAUAAUAAAAAAAGCCCGAUAAUCGCUGUUCCUAAAAAAAGAAUCAGAAGAGGUGGCCAAAAGCAAGGUCAGAUUCGGCAGGAGAGGUGUCCUGAUACCCUCCUCUUGAAAGAGUUCAAGUCAUAGGCAGGAGGAAAUACAGAUGAAGGAAGAUUGUUCCAGAGUUUACCAGCGUGAGGGAUGAAAGAGUGAAGAUGUUAACUCUUGCAUAAGGGGUUUGGACAAUAUAGGGAUGAGCAUGAGUAGAAAGUCGUGUGCAGCGGGGCCGCAGGAGGGGGGGAGGCAUGCAGUUAGCAAGUUCAGAAGAGCAGUCAGCGUGGAAAUAUCAAUAGAAGAUAGAAAGAAAGUAUGUCGGUAAAUGUGAUAAAUGAGGUAACCUGAAACCUUGUUUGUCAGUAAAUGUGAUAAAUGAGAUAACCUGCACCCCUUGUAUGUCGGUAAAUGUGAUAAAUGAGAUAACCUGCACCCCUUGUAUGUCGGUAAAUGUGAUAAAUGAGAUAACCUGCACCCCUUGUAUGUCGGUAAAUGUGAUAAAUGAGAUAACCUGCAGCCCUUGUUUGUCAGUAAAUGUGAUAAAUGAGAUAACCUACACUACUUGUAUGUCAGUAAAUGUGAUAAAUGAGAUAACCUAUACCCCUUGUAUGUCAGUAUAUGUGAUAAAUGAAAUAACAUACACUCUCUUCUGAUUGAUGGUCAUGUUUCUCGGAUUCUCUCCACUUAAUGGUAGGCUAUCUGAAUUAUGGGUCCAUGUCAUUCUUGAAAUUGGCCAUUUUCCCAUAAAAGUUGCCAUGCUGUCUUUCCGCCAUCUUGCCUUGAUAAACUACGAUAUCAACACUGUGUUUGCAAACAUCGGGUUCCGCACAUGUGCAAAUCAGGAUGGGAUGUCUUAGGAUACGUGGAUGGCAGAUGACACAACACCGGCUCACUUAAAAUCAAAACCUUAUUGCUUAUGUUCUUCUUGUAACUAAUUUAUUUAAGGACCAAUAUCUUUUAUUCAGAAAGCCAUUUAAUCAGCAAGGAUAGGAGAUUAAUGAUCACUAUCACUCAUUUUUUUUAAAGAAUAGUAAAAAAAAUUCCUAGAUAUCGAUAAUAAAAUAUUAAAAAGUUGAAAAAUAUUUGUCAAAAAUCUAAAUCAACUUCAAACAAAAGUUGAAACAGCGAACAUAAUUCCUUUUUCAUACUUUCAUAAAAUGAAUAAAAAGAGUAGACUUAAGGUGGUAGUUCGGGUUUUCAAAGAAAUAUUUGUCAAAAAUAAACUAUUGGAAAUAUAGAGUUCAAACUUUACAGCUAACUUGCACUUUUGGGUAUCUUUGUUCUCCCUGGAUUAGAAUGCUGUCGGUAUGUCAUGUCAUACUCAUGUCAGGCAAAAUAACUGUUCUACAUUAAAUAUUUUUCAUCUUAGGUGUACGAAAAUAUAGGUGGUAAUGGUUUAAUGGUUGCCUAAACAAGUUACGGUGUCAGUUUUUAAAAAUUAUAAUUUAUCUAUUUAAAAAAAAAAAAAUUUAAACUAUAUCUGAACUCAGUAUGAUUCCGUAUCCACGUUUUACGUGAUAAAUUUAUUUUUCCUUAUUUUACAUUAAGAAAUGUUUCAAAUUAAAGACCGUAACUUUCAAGAGCAUAAAAUUAUCCAUGUAUACACACAGUUUCAUGGAAAUAUCAUCUGAUUUGGAAUGUACAAAAAUUUUUGAAGCUGAAUAUUCAUGUUUUGAGAUUUUGGCCAUCAAACACUUUGGUUGGUAAUAACUCAUUUUUAUUCUCUCUGAAUGAGCUUUUUCCAGUAUAUAGUGAUGUUUACACAAUAAACAAAAAGAAAAACCUUCUUCAUAGAAAUAUAGAAAAAUAAAUAUAUCCAUUGUCCAAUCCAAAAAAAAAAAAAAACUACACGAUUUGUGUCGCACAUGUCAGCUACAGGUCACCUCCUCCUGCCUCAUAGGUGAUGCCUUCUUGUCUUUUCUUGCUCUUUUCUUCUUCUUCUGCCUUUUCUGCCUUCUUUUUUCCUUCUUAGCUUCAUACACUUCAUAGCCAGCGCCGCACGACACUUGCACGUCGCUAUGUCAGCAAGCACUGGCCUUGAGGAGUGAAUGUGUCUCAACCCCUCCCCUGUCAACGUGAUAUAAGUAGGAUAACUUGUAAAAGUUUCACUGUUCAGUUAUCACCCUUCUGGAGCGAGUAAAUAAGAGCUAAAACGCCUCACCCUCUGACAUCCAGGGCAUAUGUCCUCCUCGUAUACUGCUGAUGUUGCCACCCCAAGAUUUUUUUCUACCAUUUUCAUUACUCAUAACAUGUUUUUAAGAGUUUAUAGAACAACUUUAAAUGGUUUUUGAAAAAAAAAAUUUGUCACUCCUGAACCUGAACCCUGGCCUUAAAUAAUUGCCUAAAAUAAGAAGUUAAGAUAACAUGUUUUCUUUACCAUGUCCUAUAUACUGAAAGAAAGAGGAAAAAUAAAGAUAUUUAUAAGCAAACAAUGAAGUUAUUACUUAUUUGAAAUUAUCACUUAAGGAACGCCUAAAAUAGGUGUUUCUUGUAAUUAUUAUUUUAAAAAAUAAUAGUAUUUUUUAUAAGUUUUAAUGAUCAGAUGAUCGGAAUGGUGAUCAGAAUAGCAGUACUUAAAAAACGAUCGGAUGAUCGGAAUCGGAUCAGUUGCCCAAACUGAUCGGAUGAUCGGGGAUCGGAACAGCAAAAAAGUGAUCGGGGCCCACCACUGCUCUGGGUCUACUCUCCUGACAUGGAUUUGCCUUCCAAAACUACUGUUACACACCUUUACACAUUACUGGUAAGAAAACAUGUCAUGUCUCUGCCUUCUGACUGUGUGAGUAUAUUUUUCAUUUCCAUGGUUCACUCACAAUAAUCUGAACUACUGGACCGUCACUCUGCUGCCAUUCAAAUCAUUGGACUUUUACUGUAGACUGAAAUCAUACUUAUUCACACCUACACUUUAUUUGAUCAUCAUGGCAGAUCUUGUUUUUGUUACUUCAAAAUACAGGGGGGUCGCCUGAUAUGCGAACUUGGGAUAUGCGAACCACCUCAUUAUGCGACCUCCUUCCUCCCUCCCUCCCCCCCUUGGGGGGUGGAGCACGUGGGAGCGGUGACUUGACUCGGUAGUAAGAGAAAAGUUUUUUUUUCAUUCAUUUCAUGUUCCCGACUUCGCUAACAUCCAUUUCCUACCAAAUAAUGAACUUGCUGUUACUCACUUCCCGAAGGAAGGGAAAUAAACAAUGGCGCAAUCUGGCAACUCUACUCUGUGAGACGGCUCCACGUGUUCUCUUCAUCAGUACGUCUAAAGCAGCCAUUGCUCUCACAAGCUGUGUCUGUGCUGUGUGCAAGCUAGCCUGUGGGCUAUUGUUGUUGCUGUUGUUGUUAUUAUGGUGCCUCCAAAGAACUCGAAAAAGCAGUUUAUUACAUUGGAAACUAAGUUAAAAGUGAUAGACAUGGAUUAUGUGUACAUUGGUGAUGUGUAUCUCCACUUAGUUAUAUGAUACGAAAAAGAUAUACUAGGUUAAAGAGUUUGGGAAAAUGUGGCUGACCGCCCAUAUACCAUUAUUUACAUGCUUUUUAAGGUUCCUAAUAUGCGAAUUUGCGAUAUGCGAGGCUUUGAACCGCCCAUAUUCUUGCAUAUUAGACGACCCCCCUGUACAACCAACAGCUGAUUGUCUCUGAUGCAAGUCAUAACCCUGGAGUGACCAAGAGCAAGAUCAAGGCACUUUUUGGUAUAGGUUAACCAAUGCAGUGAAUCAUUUUUCAUUAUGAAGCAUGUAUGCAAAGAAAUAAUUCAAGGUUAUGCUAAUGUUGAGCAAAUAACAACUUAAGAUAGUUUUGUGACUACAGGUACAUCUUAUACACCAAAAUAUGUUGUACACACCUACUCUCUGUCCUGCUGUAUCUUUUUAUAAAUAUUUAGGCAUGCAAAGCAAAUC